AGGCCCUUUUGAAGGCCGGAACCUUUGAGUCGCAUCUUCCGUUUUUGGCCGGAGCAGCGCGGCGUGGGGCGCUAUGGCAGCGGGGCCCUGGGGCUGGGGGCCGGUGGUGGCGGUGCUGGUGCUGUUCGCGCUGCUGCUCGGUGGCGCGCUCCGCUUACGGCGCCUUGCCGUGGCCGGCGGGGCUUGCGCCGACCUGAGGGGAAGGGCGGGUGGCGUCCGUGCGCUGCUAGUGACGGCGCACCCUGAUGACGAAGCGAUGUUCUUCGCCCCUACGGUGCUCAGCUUGGGCAGGGCCGGUGCCCGCGCCGCGGUGCUGUGCUGCUCCGCAGGGAAUUACUACAAUCAAGGAGAGAUUCGUAAGAAAGAAUUGGAAGAGAGUUGUGUGCUUCUGGGGAUUCCAGCUUCCAAUGUAACAAUCAUUGAUCAUAGGGAUCUUCCAGAUAAUCCAGCUGUGGACUGGGACACACAGCUCCUUGCUGCCUUUGUGCUAAAGCAUAUAGAAGCCAAUAACAUCAACCUGGUGGUAACCUUUGAUGCAGGAGGAGUGAGUGGUCAUGCAAACCACAUUUCUCUUUACACUGCUUUAAGGUACCUGCAUUCAGAGCGGAAGUUACCUGAAGGGUGCAGUGUGCUCGUGCUGGAAUCAGUCAGUAUCUUCCGGAAGUACAUCUCCAUCCUGGAUGUACCCAUUUCCUACCUCCUGCCCAGUGAUGCACUCUUCAUACUCACAGAGGAGGAGACUGAACAAGCCAAGAGAGCAAUGAGGUGUCAUCGCAGCCAGCUCCUCUGGUUUCGCCACAUCUAUAUGCUCUUCUCACGUUAUAUGGUGAUCAACUCACUGCGCCUUCUGUAACAGGGACAACUUCAGGAGUAAGAGAAUGAGUGAAAAAAAGACCAGGCCAGACCUAGGACUAAUUCAAGCUCACCUGUGAUGUGAUGAAGAGGAUGGGAUUCUCUUUGUGUAACGUUUGUUCAGACUACAAAAACCAGACUGUGUAAACUUCCUUCUGAAUAUCUUGUUGCCUGAUACAUUGAGA